AUGUCGAACCUUGAGCACACCAAGAAAACUUACACUCUCAACACGGGUGAUAAGAUCCCCGCUGUUGGCUUGGGCACAUGGCAGAGCGGUCCUAACCAGGUUAGAGAGGCCGUCAAGAAUGCCCUUCUGAAGGGUUACCGCCAUAUCGACACUGCCCUCGCCUACGGCAACGAGGCUGAGGUCGGUCAGGGUAUCAAGGACUCUGGGGUCCCUCGCGAGGAGAUCUGGAUCACGACCAAGCUCAACAACACCUGGCACCACCGCGUCGCCGAGGGCAUUGACUCUUCUCUCAAGAGCCUUGGCGUGGACUAUGUCGACCUUUACCUUGUUCACUGGCCCUGCGCGACCGACCCCAACGACACCUCGAAGCAUCUUCCCGACUGGGACUUCAUCAAGACCUGGCAAGAGAUGCAGAAGCUGCCCGCCACCGGCAAGGUCCGUAACAUCGGUGUUUCCAACUUCGGCAUCAAGAACCUGGAGAAGCUUCUGAACGACCCCAGCACCAAGAUCAUCCCCGCUGUUAACCAGAUUGAGUUGCACCCCAACAACCCCUCCCCCAAGUUGGUCGCCUACAACACCUCGAAGGGCAUCCACUCCACCGGUUACUCUUGCCUCGGCUCGACGAACUCUCCUCUCUACAAGGAUCAGACCCUGUUGGACCUUGCCGAGAAGAAGGGCAAGACCCCCCAGCAGGUCCUGCUGGUGUGGGGCUUGAACAAGGGCUGGAGCGUCAUUCCCAAGUCGGUCAGCAAGGAGCGCAUCGACGCCAACUUCGAGCUCGACGGCUGGGACCUGACUGAGGAGGAGGUCAACCAGCUGGACAACUUGAAGGAUCGCUUCAAGGUUUGCGGAGACAGCUGGCUCCCUGUCAAGGUGUUCUUCGGAGAUGACGAAUGA